AUGAUGACGUCGCCACGAGAAGCGACCGCAGCGUCCUCUCGCCCCGAUCCACCUCGCUGUCUCCGUCUUCCUGCAGACAGUCCACGCACAAGCGCCGUCGCGUCCUGCGGUUCUUCCGUCGUCGCUGCGACCGACGCGAGUGCAACAAGUGGCGACUCGGUCGAUAUGCGCAGUCAGACGUGUGUGGAGUUUCUGCACAUUAUGAAGGAGUUCUCCGAGAGCUCUUGCGACGCGAAUGAGACGGUCCAGCGCGUGGAUUCGCUCGUGAAUCAGGACGAACAGCUGCUGCGACUCUUCCCGCUGUCGCGGUCAGUGGGAGACGAAGACGACGAGGCCGAGCGGAGAUAUGAGCGACGAGGACGUCAAGUGCGAGAGAGUGACGAGGCAGAAGAUGGGGACCAUCUGAUUGAAAUGAACGCGUCUGACUUGGAGGUGAACGAGACUCACGACGAGCUGCAGCGCUGGAUGGACUUGGAUCUGGACGAUUUUGACUACCACGUGGACGUGUUUGACUUCCAGCACACUCAACCAUUGCAGGUAGUGGAUGGCGAUUGCGGUAUGGAUACACAACAACAAAACAUCAUGUUGACAGCGUUGCCGUCGUCAAGGAUGAAGCAGCAAAGUGACAAUGGUGACACUGGUUGUAGUGGUAGUAAAAGUGGUGGUAUACGAGACGAAUGGCUUGUGCAACAGCCACCGCUGGAUGCAGCAACGAGUGAUUUAGUAGACGAUCAGGACGCAAUGUGUGGGUCUCGAAAGCUACUGCAGGUGUCUGGAAACCACCUGCCACGUUGUGAAACGCAUGUUUUUGCGACUGUGACUACUGCUGUGACUGCUGCUGCUGCUACUACUGUCCAUGAAGAUCGUGACCACACUUUGGGUCUUCCGUUAAACGGUGCUGUGCUGCCGUCUGGUCCACCUUCCAAGCGAACUAAGGUGUCACUUUCAGCUGGAUUACAGGGUGUUCGAUUGGCAGUACUGCCGAAUGAAGACAGAAGUAAUGAAGUGCACGUCGAGACAAAAACGAAUGAAGACGAGGAAGGCAAUGUAUGGGGCAUGGAGAGUGAUGGCUACGAGCACGAUCUUCUUUCGUCCAUCGACCACGCUGUGCUAUGCGACCGCGAGAACAGGUUCUUGCAGUGGGAUAUAGAAGUCGCACAGCACCAUCAGCAGCAAGAGCAGCGAAGGCUGCAGGCAAACGGCCCGUCACUGCAUACAUCACCGCCUGCGCGUUCUACUGCUCAAACUGCAAACAGCAUGACGACGUCUCUAAAGUCUAGUCUUAAAGACGUUGUGGAAAUUCAGGCUCAGCGCUCGCUUAACCAGCCUAAGGAUCCGAUUACGGCGUCGAGCCCGAUGAGUAGCAAGAGUCCAUCAAACGUGGAUGUUGUCGAGGACUGGAACAGUGUAGACUUUGGUACUUUUCAAAACCGCACCGUGAGCCGUAUCCUGAGCUCGUGUUUACACAAAAGGAAGUUGUACCAUCCGUACAAGAACCAGGUCCAGCUCGUGAAUUUCAACGUUCCAAAUGGCCGCGGGAAUGCUUUCGUACAUGGUGCUGGACCAAAUGCGCACCAGCUUGGUGGAUCGUUGGCAUCGAGUCUUGCUUUUGGUGGUCAGCAACACGGCGGUGAUGGCACAGACGGAUCAGCAAUAAGCGGCUUUGUGCCUCUGCUUGUUGCAAGGCACGAGAACGGUCUCGGUAGCGGCAAAUUCUCUGGCAAGGGGGAAAAGAAGACACCAAAAAAGCGCGAAGAACGCAAGCGACUUAUGACGCUUAAGAUGCAGGAGACAUUUGCUGAUCUUGAAGGAACAUUUACAGAGCAGGAUCUUGACGUCAAGGGAAUUGUUGGACCUGGAGCAUCAUUGUCAAAGAUGGCCCUGUCGAAGCUUGAAAAUCUACCGCUGCCGGACUUAACGAACCUGCCUCAAGACCUUCGCGAGUUAAAACGAAAGAUUGAAGCUACUGAACACAAGGUGGAAGGCACGAAGCACCGUCACCGUAAAGGCGGUCCCUGCCCACGUUGCCAGGUGCAGAAUCAACUGCGUGCAGCUAAGCGCGCGUAUCACAAGCGUGCUGUGGCGCACAAGAAACUACCGCAUGCGGUUGUCAACGCAGUCAACGAUGAGGCUCAAGAGGCCGCCAACGCACAGGCUGCUGCUGCUGCUACGUUAGAACUUGCUGGGAGCGUUACUGCAGCAAUCAAGGCCGCCGCCGAUGCUAGUGCUAGGAAGGGAAGCGAUUUGUCUUCACUUGCUGCUGUUGGCACCGGAUUAAACGCUAAAUCAAGGGUCGCAUUUGCUGGAGGAGCAGACUUGUCGACUGGUAUGUCGAAAGCUAUGCAACGCCCUGCGCUGUCAUCCGUGCUGCUACCGCCUUCUGCUUCGUUUGGCUCGAUGUCUUUAGUGGCAAAUACCGGAACAGUUGGCUCUUUUGUUCGAACUGUAAGCGGCUCCUCAUCGUCGCUCCCAUGUGGUGGUGCCUCGCCUCUGUCUUCAUCGUCGUCUGCUUCAUCUGUGCCAUCGCGUGUUCGAGGAUUAUGUGGAAAACCACCGUCGGCAAUGUCAUUUUCGUCUUCGUCGUCGGCGUCAGCGUCACCGACUCUGGCAUCAAAGACAUCGUCAUCCGAGAGUGCGUCACCUCUAUUGCAGCAUGUGACUGUGUCCUCUGGCUAA